UUUAUAAAGUAGGAUUUAUUCAAUUAUUGCUAUAGUAUAAUUAUCAAUUUGUAAUAUGUAUAUCAAGAAAUAAAUUACUAAUCUAUGGACAAGUGAUAAGAUCUAACCUAUGGACCAAUGAGAAUUCUCAAAGUAGUUUUUUCUUCUCUUCACGUGGCGUUGUGUCUUUUCAAAUGGACCGUUACUAAAAAAGUCAUAUUAGUUGGUAACGAGAUAUUAUUGAAAUUUUUAAGUUCGAGAAGAUUAUAUUAUUCUAAUAAAAUUAUUAUUUAAAAUUUUGUCUUGUUUGAUGAUUUUUUAUCGCUAACGAACUUCAUAUAUUUUGUAUGUAUCUAAAGAUAUAUAGUUACUGUGGAGUACAGUUUAGUUUGGUAUAAUUCAUGCAGUACAAGAUUCAAGCGGGAAAGUUUAUGUUGGUUAAAAUAUAACUGAGAUCAAAGGAAGAAUGCAAGCUUUUUUAAAAAUAGGUAAAUUAGGAACAGGAGAUACGAAGAAACCUUCUACUUCUCGUACAAAGGAAGAACGAAAUGAGUCAUUAACACCAUGGGUAGAGAAAUAUCGACCAAGAACAGUUGAAGAUGUCGUCGAGCAAGCAGAAGUCGUUGAAGUCUUAAAACAAUGCAUGGAUGGUGGCGACUUUCCAAAUUUGUUGUUUUAUGGUCCACCUGGUACUGGUAAAACUAGUACUAUUUUAGCAGCAUCUAGGCAAUUAUUUGGUAUAAUGUAUAAAGAAAGAAUUCUAGAAUUAAAUGCUUCCGAUGAAAGAGGAAUACAAGUAAUAAGAGACAAGGUAAAAUCGUUUGCCCAACUUACUGCUGGAAGCAUGAGAAAGGACGGAAAGAAAUGUCCUCCAUUCAAAAUUAUUAUUUUGGAUGAAGCAGAUAGUAUGACCCAUGCAGCGCAAGCAGCUCUUCGUCGUACAAUGGAAAAAGAAUCUCAUAGUACGCGUUUUUGUUUAAUUUGUAAUUAUGUAUCAAGAAUUAUAGAACCUUUGACAUCACGUUGUACGAAGUUUAGAUUCAAACCACUUGGAGAGGAAAAAAUUAUUGAACGAUUGGAAUAUAUAUGCGAGAAAGAAAGCCUAAAAGCUGAAAAGCCAGUUCUUGUAAAAAUUGUAGAAGCAUCAGGUGGUGAUUUAAGACGUGCCAUUACCUGUUUACAAUCCAUUGCGAGAUUAAAAGGGAAAGGCAUAGAAGUUACAAUCAAUGAUGCACUUGAAAUUAUUGGUUUUGUACCUGACAAUUGGCUUGAUAAUUUAAUGGAAGUCUGCAAAUCUAAAGAUUAUAAUAAAGUAGAAGCGUUUAUAGAAGAUUUCUUACUGGAGGCUUAUGCAACUUCGCAGGUUAUAGAGCAACUAAGCGAUAGAAUAAUUUAUUCUAAUGAAUUUUCCGAUAAGCAGAAGGCAAUGAUUGCAGAAAAACUAGGGCAAUGUAACUACAGGUUAUUGGAAGGAGGUAGCGAAUAUAUACAACUUAUGGACCUCUGUUACUGUAUUAUAAAGGCAUGCAAUUGAACAUGAAUUUUUUUGUUAAAUACGAGUCAAAUGUUCUUUGCAUCGUUUAUAUGAUGUAUAUUAGUAUAUUUAUAUUAACAAUAAAAUAAAUAUUUUUUAUAUAUUUUUAAGAUAAGUAUUAAACAAUAUCUAAUAUUUCUAUUAUGUGACUAAGACUUUUUUGCAUAGUUUUAAGUAAUAAUACAGGUAAGGAUAUAUAAUAUUUGAGUAUACUAGCAAUAGAACAUUAGUGUUUUGUUAAUUAUUAAGAAAGAAAAAAAGAGAUUUAUAGAAUAUCAACAAUACAAAUAAUUUACAUUUAAUAAAUAUAUUGUCUUUAUAUAAUUUGAAUGCAUUAUUAGGAAAUUACAAAAAUGUUCAAAUUUAUUGCAGUUAAUAAAUAUAUAAAUAUACAGUCGAUAAUUGAAUUCUUAAUCCAUGUAUGAAGAUAGAAAACUGGUUCCAUUGAAUUUUGAUUGACCGAUAUUUAUAUGUAAAUUAAUCCUAGAAUUGUCUAUAAAUGCUUGAUUAGUGAUGAAUGUUAGAUCAUUUUGAUUCAUCAUAAAAACCGUUGCAAUUUAUCCUAUUGUAUAAUAUUUAAGAAACGUAAAUUUUAUAUUUAUUUAAUUAAAUAAAAUUCAAUUCACUGCAA